UUUGUUGUAGGCUGAGUUGUUGCUGCUGCAGGUAUGAAUUAUUUUAUAUUUUUCUGUCAGCUUUAGAAAACCGCAUUAAAUGCUCGGAAAGUUGACCUGUCUACAGUUCGUGGAUUAUUAAUACCUCUCAAAGAAAAAAGACAUGGAACACCAUAACUAUCGAAAGCAGUUACCGGAUCAUUAUAAUCACCGGUUACCGCACAGAAGACUUCAAGAUGAACCUGGGGGCGAGUCUGAUGAACGACAUAAACGCCUGCGACGCGACCAAGACGUGGGUGUUACUGCUGCCGUAUCCGAACAUCCUCCGUUCCUGAGCACAAGGCGACACUUGUACGAAAGAGACUUUCCUCUAUACAAACAACCUGUGGAAGUGGGACACUUUUCUCUAGAUGCCAAACGCCGUUUUUUCAACGAUGACAGACAGCUGCGAUAUUAUAUCCAUCCGGACAGACACCCGAAUUUCCAUCUCCGUGAUGGGUACCGUGACCGGUACAUCAAGAGAGAUGAGGGGGUGAAGGAAAAACUGGACCACCUUCUCAGGUGGAUUUUGGCAAACAAAUCAAAAGUCCAGAUCCAAGCGGCUUCAUCACAGGAGCUGAACGUGGAUGUGGUCACGUGGCGGGGUCACCUGACCAAGCUGCUGACCACGCCCUACGAGACACGUGAGGGCUGGCUGCUGGCGGUGACGCGCUUUCGCGGCACGCUGUACAUCAGCGAGGUGGAGACCGAGGCGGAUCAGCGCAGCCGGGAGAGCCGCACCCAGAGGCUCGAAGAGAUGAUGUACUGGGGGUACAAGUUUGAGCAGUACAUCUGUGCAGACGGAGCUCAGAAUCGGCCUGAUCCUGGCGGAGUAGUGAACACGAACGAGGCUUUCUGCACCGUCAUCCAGACGCGUCUUGCAGGGCACAAGCUUUUGUUCUCUGGGGAGGUGGACUGCAGGGACGGAGACCCUCGGGCCCCAGUGGCUCCUGGCUGCUACGUUGAACUGAAGACCUCUGCUGAAAUCUGCACUCCAAAGCAGCACAGCAAUUUCCUCAGGUACAAACUUCUAAAAUGGUGGGCUCAAUCCUUCCUACCUGGAGUCCCCAGAAUCGUCGCUGGUUUCCGUGACAAUGACGGAAUUGUGGUUUCCGUGGAUACCUUCCACACCUCCAAAAUAUCCCAGCUUAUAAAGAGUGAAGAGAACUGCUGGAAGCCGACUGUGUGCAUGAACUUCUGCGCCGAAUUCCUGUCAUUUGCCAAAACAGUGGCAACUGAAGAUGAUCCUGAGGUGGUCUACCUCUUCUCCUGGGACCCUAACAGAGAUGUCACCUACUCCAUCCACCGGAAUUCACAGUACACCUUCCUCACGGACUGGUACGUGAGAGAACUGACGCACAUGUGACUGAAGGCAGCCCCCAUGCCCGGCGGACACAGCAGAUAUUCAUCCAGGCUGACUGCAUUUCCACCAUACUGACUGACUGGCAGCCUUGGAGUUACAUUCAUUGGGGGGGGGGGGAGGGCACGAGGUGUUAAAUACUGUAUUUUAACACCCUUUUAAUCCAGUAUAGUACAAUCUUGUAAAAUUGGAAAGGGUCAUUUUAAUCAAUAUUAUUAUGCGCUUUGGGCUGU